AUGGCUACAAACAAUGCAUAUCCUAUUUCUUCAAAUUCACGCACGAAAUUGAAUUCAUUUCGCUACAAAGACGACAUAGUCCCUGCAGAUACCAACUCGAAUGGCGCGACGGGAUCAAUUCAUGGGACUAAAGAAAACCAUAAAUCGGGAUCCAACGGUGUGACAGAGCUGAUGCAAACGUCAAUUGAAAAGGGCAACCUCCCGCCUCACGAAGCUCACCCACCAGAAACAAAGCCGAUUAAAGAAUGCCCCCAAACGCCGGGAAACCGAAUACCUUUAGCCGACUUGAUCAGCAAUGCUGAAGAUUCAUUUGAUCCCGCCCCGGGGCCUGAAGUCACACCCGUCGAGCAUGUAAUUUGGCAGCAUGUGCCCGCCAGUUCCAAUCCAUCUUCCCAAACACCAGCAGGUCGCCGAAGGAAGCGUCGGCACAGUUCUUCCUCUGCUGGGUCUCCCUCAAACGCGAACAAGAAGAAAGGUCAAAAAGAAACCCUCGACCUCCAAUCGCUACAAGCACUAUUAAAGACCCCGCAACAUGAUAUGGCUGCAGAAUUGUGGAAUAACUACAUAGAUAAAAACAUGGCUGAUGGCGCGGACGAUCUUCCUCCACCCCGGCUCGCGAACCUCCUUUCUUCUUCGCCCCAAACACCAGCCUCCGUCAGACCCAACCGAGAGUCUUCGGGGCUGAGACGUGCCAUCAGCUGCACGACAGAAUUCCCUACCUCUCGGGCAAAACGACGGCGGAUCAACAAGCUCGAUAGCAGUGCCAGCCGUGGUGCGUUUCAAAGAACUAGCAGCAACGUUGAAUCUGGGAAACCAAAAUCCUCAAGGAUACACUAUCUCAUGGAGAAGAUUGAGAAGAGUAUACAUCUGGCCCCUGCCGACAUGGGUCCACCUGGCUCUUCGCCUCUACGUCAGCAUAUGGAUGCGCGUAGGUGUCGCUCGUCUUCUCCCACCAAGGAUCACACGAUUCUCGAAGAUACGGAGGACUCCAAUGAAGCUCCGUGCGCAGUGCUGCUUGAAAAGAGCAGAUGUGGGCAAAUGCCUGUGCUUCAAGAAUCAUCUUCGGACUUCGGAGAUGAUGACAUAGAUCAAGACCUCAUGGACUUAGCUGAUGCAUCCGCAGAUCCAUUUGUUGAGCCACCGCGUGCAUCUAUUGGGGCUGCUUCUCUGGGGGCUUCUAGCUGGGCUGCCCUUGCUGCAGAGCAUUCUCACCCAUGGGAGCCUCUAGAAAAUCCAGUGCCCGACAGCAAACCUUCCAUUUCUUACAACACAACGCAUAGUGAAACAAAAGAUGAUGAGUUCGAUGACUUUGAAGACGAUUACGACAAUUUUUCGGGCAAUCUGCAGGAAAUUCUUGCAAAGUGUGAUCAGAAGCCCGAUCUAGUCAAUGUGCCAAAUCCAAUCACCACCGAAGAACCUGUGAAGAAGCAAAAUGCGAUAAAACUACCUGUCAAUGGCAGUAUUUCCGACACAAAAUCGCUUGCAACAACGGCGACGGUCAAGCCUGAUUUGGUAUCAUCGGAUGAUGAGUUCGACGAUGAUUUCGAUCUUGAGGCUAUCGAGCAAACUAUGAAGCAAGCGGAUGAAGCAGGACCAGCUUACAACUUCAAAGGUCGACAAGCUAUCAAACGUUACCAAAUUGUUGAUGUUGCGGAGAGCACGUAUAUUACUUCAAAAGGACGUACCCAGCCAGAGCAGGUCCUGCUCGUUGAAGAUGAGAAAACUCGUGCUCGCAAGGUUAUCAUUCUGCGAGAGUCAUGGGUCGAUACCCCCUCUAGCAAGGAAUCGUUCGUCCACCUCGUAGGAGACUUCGAUGCCAGCGGCCAAUGCGUUGUGGAUAACGUUAAUAACAUGAUCAUUCUCCACCCUGAUCAUCUCAUAUCUGCUACGGUCGUGGCAGACUCAACUGAGUGUCAGCGGCGAGCCGUCCUCCAAGAUCGAGUGAAGGUCAUCGGCGCAAUCGAGAGGCCGCAAGCGUUCGGCAUAUUCUUCCACGAAGUCUUUCAAGAAGCCCUCCAAGCAAAUAAAUGGGAUAUGGAUUCGCUGAGAUCUUUGGUUGAGGUUGUUAUGGGAAGGCACAUCGAAGAGUUGUACUCGAUUCAAAUGAGUAUUCCUGAAGCUGUUGAGUACAUCAUGAGUAGAAUCCCCGCUCUCCUUGACUGGGCAGAUACUUUUCUUCAUGUUAAACCGCAGGACAAAUCCAUGGUUGAUGACCGAAACAGCUCUAAACUCAACCUGAGUAUCAACAAAUUGCUAGAGGUAGAGGAGCACAUCUGGUCCCCAAUGUAUGGACUAAAAGGCAACAUCGAUGCGACUGUGCAGAUUGUUUGUCGUGAAGGAACAAGCGAGAAGACUCUGGUGGUUCCACUAGAACUGAAAACUGGACGAAGGGAUACAAACAUGGCACAUAGAGCUCAGACAGCCCUUUACACUCUGCUCAUGUCAGAUCGCUAUGAUGUCGAUGUCAGAUUCGGGCUUCUCUACUAUGUGGAAUUAACCAAAACUCUUAGCAUUCGUGCUAUUCGACACGAGCUUCUCCAGAUGAUUCAAGUCCGGAACAAUUUAUCUGGAUACAUCCGCGAUAGAGACCAGCUUCCACCGAUGCUAAAGAAGCCGCGUCAGUGUACGCGAUGCUAUGCUAAGACCCCUUGCCUCAUCUACCACAAGCUCACUGAAGACGGCGAUGGCGAGACAAGCGCACUUGGCGAAGACUUUGAUACUUCAGUCAGUCAUUUGAACGAUGGCGAUCGAGACUUUUUCCGGAAAUGGGAUGGACUUCUGACUAAAGAAGAAGGAAAUUUGGUCAAGUUCCGACGAGAGUUAUGGACAUUGCUGAGCAAUGAGCGAGAGGCCCUUGGCCGCUGCUUUGGCGACGUUAUCAUUGAUACGAGAUCGGUGUACGAGGAGAACACAACAACAAAGAUUAAUCGCUAUCACUAUACCUUCGUCAAACGUCACCCCCCUACCGGUUUCUCCUUUGCGGAAUCUCAAAUUUCCCUCGGAGAACCGAUUGUUAUCUCUGAUGAGAAGGGCCAUUUCGCCCUCGCCAAUGGAUAUGUUGUGCACAUCAGUUCAUCGCACAUCAAGGUCGCUGUAGACCGGAAACUCCACAAUGCAAGAUCACGGACGGCUGGAUUCGAUGAAAGCAAAAACCAGUCGUUCAGGGGCAUUAUGGAGGUUGGCAAAGAAGAUCCCGCUCCUCUGGAAGACCCCGAUGAACAACUUGUUUAUCGGAUCGACAAAGACGAGUUCAGCAACGGCAUGGCCAUUGUUCGAAACAACCUUAUCUGUAUGAUGGAUAAAGACUUGUUUCAAGCAAGGCAAUUAAGACGGCUCAUUGUCGAGGGCCAAGCGCCCGCCUUUAAGACGACUUCAACGGCUUAUGCUCUCUCUAACACGAUGAAUCUCAAUGUUGACCAGAGGCAAGCCAUUGACAAAGUGAUGAGGGCCAAAGACUAUGCUCUUGUCCUCGGAAUGCCUGGCACUGGAAAAACAACCACCAUCGCCCAGAUCAUUCGGGCCCUUGUCGCUCAAGGCAAAAGCGUUCUUCUUACCUCUUACACCCAUACCGCAGUUGAUAAUAUCUUGUUGAAGAUUCAAGAUGACAAUAUUCGCGUGCUGCGUAUUGGUGCGACUGCCAAAGUUCAUCCGGAUGUGCAAAACUUCGCCGACCUUGCCGCAAUCCCCAAGUCGACCAUUGAAGAGCUCAAAGAUUCCUAUGAGAAACCUCAAGUUGUAGCUACGACUUGCCUAGGAGUCAACCACAACAUUUUCAAUCAUCGCAUCUUCGACUAUUGCAUUGUCGACGAGGCCUCACAGAUUACACUCCCAGUCUGUCUUGGCCCGAUUCGUAUGGCAAGAACGUUUAUUCUCGUCGGCGACCACUUCCAACUACCACCGCUUGUACAGAACAAGGGGGCGCAGGAAGGUGGGUUGGAUGUCAGUCUAUUCAAACUGCUCUCAGAUGCACAACCGAAUUCAGUUGUCAACCUGGAGCAUCAAUACCGCAUGUGUGAGGAAAUAAUGUUACUCUCCAACACUCUGAUCUACUCCGGCCGUCUCAAAUGCGGCACACCGCAAGUAGCAGCCCGAUCUUUGGAUAUCCCCAACAUGAAUUCUCUCAAACAAUAUCACGCCGAAGAAAAAGGCUAUCCCCUGACACAACGAGAGACAUGUCCUGGUAGUCCCGAUAGCCCUUGCUGGCUGCGGGACUUGCUAGAGCCAUCUGCAAAGACGCGCUUGGUGAACACCGACCCCAUUGGCCCUGUAGCACUCGAGAUAGCACAAGGUAAUCGUGUGGUAAAUCACAUGGAGGUGUUCCUCUGCUCACAAUUAGUGGAAUCGUUCAUCGCUUGCGGCAUUCCCGCACGCAAUAUUGGUGUAAUUACUUUCUACCGCAGUCAACUCUCGCUUCUCCGCCAGAGCCUGCGACGCUACACCCCCGACCUGGAAAUGCACACCACGGACAAGUUCCAAGGCCGAGACAAGGAAGUCGUGAUUCUGAGCUGCGUCCGUAGUAAUGCCGAGAACAAUGUUGGCGAGCUCUUACGCGACUGGCGUCGUGUCAACGUUGCGUUCACCCGCGCCCAGACCAAACUCCUCGUGGUCGGUAGCAGGUCUACUCUCCGUGACGGCAAUGACCUCCUCCGCAAAUACAUUCGUCUGGUUGAAGGCAAGGACUGGGUCUACAACUUGCCGAGUGGCGCGGUAGACAAGCAUGUCUUUCCUUCCUGGCCCAUACAGUCACAAUUCAUGUCUCCUGGCACGGCCAGACCACCCGGCUCUGCCCAUGGCAAAGUAAAGACCAAGAAUACCAGCCCAUCGGCCAAGAAGAAGUCACCUUGUUCGAAUUCUUCCCGUGAUCCAUUGAGCCCUCUUGGCUCCCGACAGAGAGACCCGGGUCUUCGAAUGCCUUCAAAAACAGGUGCGAAGCUGUUUAAUGGCACUACGGUAUUGGGGAAUCGACCCAUUCUGCAGGACAUAGUGAACGACCUCACAGGCUAG